GUGUUCACGUCACAUCAAUGGGCUGUGGUACCACAAAUCUGGCCAACUUUUUUGAAGAAUGGCCUUAAAUCAGAAGGAAAGUGGUCAAUAUUUAUGGGGAUUUCUUUUAAGUCUUGGAUUUAAAGCUGAUGUAAAUAAACGCCAUGCCGUCAUCGGAGAGACUAUGUUUGACAAACCCAAUAAGGAUGCUUUUUACAGCGUCAUUCACUUCCUCCUGGAGAAACUGAAUCCAGCACGUACACACGAGGAAUUCAGACAUUGCUAUCCAGUGGUGGACCGUAAGCAGGAUGCUGAGUUCAGAAAACUUACCCUGGCUCGACUUCAGGAGAUUUCGAGUGAGACGGGCGGCUCCUUCCCUAAAGUGCUGGCCUCCCACCUGCUGUCGCCCAGCGGGCCCAAGUUCAUCAACAUCAUGCUGGGGCUCACCAAACACGUCAUGCUGGAGCAGAUGAGGAGCUUCCGCACAGACGGCUCGUGGGUCCCGGCAGCUGUUGGGAUGCCAGCGAGCAGUUUGGAGAUGGCGCAGAAGCGGCUCCAGGUGGCGAGGACACGGCACACUGCGGCCAUCGUGGCCCGGGACCGCCUCAACUGGGAACACCAGCUCAGGACCAAGUCCUGGGAGAAAUCUGUACGAGCCCUCAUGGCGGAGAAUGCCAAGUAUGAGGAAUUACUGGAAAGCCAGGAAGCCUCUGCUGAGCAAGAUGGAAGUCUGGUGCAGGAGAAGGUUUUGAAGGUGCGCUCUCUAUGGCAGGAAGUGGAGAAGGUGUUGUCCAGCCUGCGGGAGAAGCAGUGCAUCAUGGACCGUGUGCUGCGUGGCGACGUGGACCAAUACACGCUGGACGGAGCCGACGUGAAGCUGAGAGUCCCCGCAGGGCUCCAGGAGAGGGUGGACAAGAUGGCCGACCAGACCAGCAGGGGGAGCCGGUGUGACUCGACUCAGCCCUCGCUGCUCCACCUGCUGGACCUGCUCAAGGAGGCCCUGGCCACUCUGAAUGAGGAGCGUUGCCGAGUUCUGGGCCCCACGGCGGAGCUGCGUGCUGAGGCUCACUCAGAUGGCCCCACGACGCAGGUGGAUGGAGAAGCCCUGCGGCAACAUGCGAAUCGGAUAGCCCAAGCUCAGGAAGACCUGAAUAGGCUCAGGUCCAGGAUGUGCACCGAGGACAUCCCUCAGACCAAGAGCGCCGUAAAAGAUGCGGAGGCCAGCUGGGACAGGAAGUGGACAGAGCUGCUGAAGAACAGCGUCCUGUCCUCCGUCGUCAGCGCCGACCCAGGUGUAGACAUUCUCCCUGCCAUGACGGCGCUGUCCUUUGAGCCGACGCCUGAGGACCAGGUCAGAUCGAGUGCCCUCUUCCGACUCCAUCCCCCUUCCACAGAACCAGAGAUGGAGAUUCCACAGAGUCGCCAGAAUCUAGUGGAGGAGAUGGUGGUGGACCAAGCAGAAGACCAUGACAGAUUCCGCAGCCUUCCGUCUUCAGCUGAGCAGAGUUUUGAUGAGGAGUUGGAUUCCGUUCCUGUGGAAACUCCCAUGAUUCCUUGCGUUGUGGAGUCGCCAAGAGCAGCCACACCGGUGCAGCCAGCUCCUGAACACCCUCCCCGAAAAACCCCUCUGGUGUCAAUACUGAAGGACAAGACCAAACCUGCCAAUGCACAGACCAAAAAGUCUGCAGUGAAGAAAAAAGCAGAAAUAUUGGAUCUGGAGUUUGAUAAUUUGGCUGAGCAGUUUGCUCAGGCGGUGACCACUACCCCACAAGAUGGCAGUGAGGGAGGCAUGGGGCUGGAGCAUCUUCUGAGCAACAUGAUUGAGCCCCUCUCCGCCCGCAGACAGCUACCCCGCACACCAGAGAGCCUGAUUGCAGACGUCAGGACAUCCUGGAGGAAGGCAGUGGAGGAUGGCGUGACCCAGAAGGUGCGUCCUUCCGGAAAGUUCCCUGACAGCUUCACCGGCCUCUUCACACCCUACUCGGAGGCCAGCAGAAGCAGCGUGAACCCUGACGCGUCGUCCCUGAGUGCCGCCGACGCCCCCGUAUCAACCACUAUCCCUCUCCACACUCCCAGCGGUGGCUUAUCGCACGCUGCCACAGUGGCCUCUGUGCCUCGCAAUCCCACUCUGGGCCAGCAGAGGGCAGCCGUUCCAUUCCUAAUGUCAUUCGACUCCUCCUCCCACGUGGAGUCUUUGUGCAGUCGUAGUGCCAACGAGGGUUUCGACUUCAGCAUAGCCAACGAGACCAUCCCGGAGUUGUCCAGCGGCGACAGUCUCCUUGGCAACGGCGACAGUCUCCUAAGCAACAACAGCCAGGACCCCUCACAAGAAGAGGAAGAGGUAGAGGACGGACCGGAGGAAGAGGAGGAGGACCUCGUGUUGCCCCAAGUCGCAUCCCCUCUGGAGGGAGACAAAGUGUCGUCUUUGCUGUCGGCACGACUGCGGCUCCAGUCCAUCCUGGAGAAGAGCUCUUUCGUCGGCGCCAAGGACCAAGACCUCCUCUGCUUCUCCCCCACUGCCGCCCAGGGCACUCCUCACCGCGGCCACAAGGGGCAGGCGACUGGGGACUGGGAAGGCUCCCGACAGGUGUUCUCCUUGGACCUGGAUCAGCUCGAGAGCCCCUCUCCUCCUCGCCAAGGAGAAAUGCACCUGCCAAACCUACUCACCUUCUCGCCAGUCGACCAGCUGUAGCUGUAGGAGUAGUAGGAGAUGUGGGUUCUCCGUUCAGUUUAAUUAUUAAACAUUUGUGUUAAAUAGCAUCUGUGUGUGUGUGUGUGUGUGUGUGUGUGUGUGUGUGUGUGUGUGUGUGUGUGUGUGUGUGUGUGUGUGUGUGUGUGUGUGUGUGUGUGUGUGAGUGAGAGAACAUCUGUCCUGUGUGUGUAAAUAAGUGCUUGUCUCAAUUUGUUAAAAUGUAGUUGCUGUCUGCCUUUACAAUUAUGACUUAACUUGAAUGACUAACUCGGCCUUUUUCAUUAACUUUUCAACUUCCCCGUUUGAAAUAAAAUUAAUAAAUUCGAAUAAA